AUGAAAGUCAACAAAAGUAAGCACCUUUGCCAUUGUUCUUCUGUAUCACCUUCUAGUCAGGAACUUCAAGAACAGGUGGCUGAUGGUGGUGGGAAGGGGCAUUUUGGUAAUUUAGUAGAAGGGUAUGGAUGGAAAGUGAGGAAGAUGGUUGAAGAGGAUCAUGAAAUGAGGAGUGUGGCCAAUAUUCAAGCUGAGGCUUUUUAUGAACCAGUUAUUUUAUUUAAUGACGUGUUCUUCCAGUUCUUUCAGGCGGAGGUUCUUGCAGGACUACUUUACAGACUAAAAAAUUCACCACCUGAUAGAUACGCAUGUUUGGUUGCGGAAACGAUGACAAGUGAAAUUGGGGAUAGACAACAAUUAGUAGGAGUCGUGGAUGUUACGGUUUUCAGGGAUGAAUCAGUUCUUGGGUAUCUAUCCGGGGCAGACGAAUAUCUUUACGUGUCCGGAAUUGCAGUGUUACGUGAUUUCAGUUCAGUAAGGGGUCGAUCAGGAAGUACUCAGGAUUCUGCAACUCGCCUUGUAAAGGGGCUGAGUGGUGCGUAUUCGGAGGAGUAAUCAGACACCUCAACGAGUUUUACACAACUGUGCAUACUUUUCCAUUUACAAAAUUUAAGUUGCUGGUUAAAAUUCCAUUAAAAGUACUUUCUAAACAUGGAAGCUGAUGAAAAAAAUAACAUUUAAUUGUCUUUGUUGAGAUCUUACAUCAUACCUGUUUCAACCACAUUUUAUUUUGUUGUUGUUCGUCAUAAAUAUUUAGCUUCGUGAAGUUUGAAAAUUUUGAGUUUUUGAGUUUACAUGCGAAAUAUUCGCCAAUUUGAGUCUAUUUGCUAAUUCGCAGCUAAAAUUAACGAUGUUUUUUUACAAUAAAAUGUUUUUCUUUGUCAGAAUGUAAUUAACCUUGUGAAUUCAUGGGAUGUUUUAAGCUAUUUAGGUGGUCAUUAUGUAACUAAAUACAAAAGUAUGGUCAGGUGAGUAUAUUUCACACCAGUUAUGAUACAAAUUAUGAUCAUUUUAAUGAAUAACUCAUCAUUUUCACACAUCAAAACAUUAAAACAUGUUCACUAGAUGUAGCUUACCUUUCACCAAUGUAUAUUCACAAAUAUUUUACAAGACCUUGAUUAUUGAUAGACGCAAAAAAGUUGCAAGUAUAUUGCUCAAGGCAUGCGAAAUGUUGGCUACUAUUUGGGGAUACAAGUAUCUGGUGUUGAGAGCUUAUGAAGAUGAUUGGGGUGCUCGAAAAUUGUACACGAAUGCAGGAUAUAGAAUGGUGUCAGGUGACCCUUUAUGGUCCUCAAGUUGGAUAGGAAGGAGACGCCGAGUUCUUUUGAUCAAACAAUGUAACACAAUAUGAGAACAAUACCUAUAUAUCCUUGAUCACUUUAAUUUUUAGAUCAUCCUUAAAAUCUUCGAUAAUAUGCUCUUCAAAGUUGAAAUCAUUAGUGCAAAUUAUUUUGUAUAUUGCUUAGCCUAUUUGUACAUCUUUAUAUAGACCAGUUAGUCAGAAUCAUGUCUCAUUGUAAUCGAUAUAUAUUCUCAAUUAUGCUAAUGAAAUCAUUC